AUGGCAAACCCGAAGGUCUUCUUUGACAUCUUGAUUGGAAAAAUGAAGGCGGGUCGUGUUGUAAUGGAGCUAUUUGCGGAUGUAACACCGAGAACAGCGGAUAAUUUCCGUGCUCUGUGUACUGGAGAGAGGGGACUUGGGAAAGCAGGAAAGGCAUUGCACUACAAAGGCUCAGCCUUUCACCGUAUAAUCCCGGGAUUCAUGUGCCAAGGUGGAGAUUUCACUCGCGGGAAUGGAACUGGAGGAGAAUCGAUCUACGGGACUAAAUUUGAGGACGAGAAUUUCAAGUUGAAGCAUACUGGUCCAGGGAUUUUGUCUAUGGCUAAUUCAGGUCCCAACACAAAUGGUUCUCAGUUUUUCAUCUGCACAGCCAAGACAUCGUGGCUCGACGGGAAACACGUGGUGUUUGGGAAAGUUGUUGAUGGGUACGAUAUCGUGAAAAAGAUGGAGAAUGUUGGAUCUGACAUGGGAACUACAUCUGAACCAGUUGUGAUUGAAGAUUGCGGUGAGCUCAAGAGCGAAUGUUCAUAA